AUGGCCUUCUCCAAGCUGGACCAGACAUCAGCAGCUCAAGUCAAGAUGGAGCUCUUGGCGGCUCAGAAGCGCAUCACCCAACUGAGCCGAGAGCUGUCGGAGGCAAGAGGAAACGGCGGCGAAUGUGCCGAGGCGGAGGCCCAGGAUUUGAGAGAGGAGCUCUUUGCUGCGAGACGGCAGCAGGAAGUUCUCCGGGAAGAAGUGACAGAGUUGGCUGCCUGGCGGUUCCCCGCCUCACUGCGGGAAAAGGCAGAUGAGCUUUCAGAGGUGAGACUUUACCAGAACGAGCUUGGGGAGGCCCGUGAAGCGCUGCUUAAGAUGCAGAGUGACUUCGAGGCACGAGAAGCCUCCAUGAGGGAAGGUGAGUGCAGUGCCCGUGAGGCGCUGAUGAAGAUGCAGAGUGACUUCGAGGCACGAGAAGCCUCCAUGAGGGAAGGCGAGUGCAGCGCCCGUGAGGCGCUGAUGAAGAUGCAGAGUGACUUCGAGGCACGAGAAGCCUCCAUGAGGGAAGGCGAGUGCAGCGCCCGUGAGGCGCUGAUGAAGAUGCAGAGUGACUUCGAGGCACGAGAAGCCUCCAUGAGGGAAGGCGAGUGCAGCGCCCGUGAGGCGCUGAUGAAGAUGCAGAGUGACUUCGAGGCACGAGAAGCCUCCAUGAGGGAAGGCGAGUGCAGCGCACGAGAAGCCUCCAUGAGGGAAGGUGAGUGCAGCGUUUCAGAGAACGCCUGCGCAGAGUGCGUAGUGUUGCGUGAAAAACUACGAGGAGCGCAAGAUGAAGCUCGCAAGGCCAGCGCGAGAGCUGCCGCUGCCUCGAAAGCCUGGGGCAGAUGA